CCGCACUGGAGCCGGCAUGAGAAAAGUCACGGUAGCCUGAGCCAUGCUGCUCUUGUCGUGUUCGUCCAUCCCUCUCCGGCCUCGCUGUGAAUGCAUGUUCUCUUCCUACGCUCGUUCCUUUCUUCCACACUCUUUUUAACAGCGCCGUUUGCCAUUUGCAUUCCAUUGCCAUCGCAGCAGGAACACACCGCUCGAGUACAAUAACGUCUAGCGGCAAACAACGUGGCAACAGGUCCGGGUUUUGUCCUAAUUCUUGACAUAGUCGACCCGAGAAAUGAACCAUUUUCUUGUCUCCCGCUACCGUUAACAGGUUGACGUGUGUGUUACAAUAAGCGGUGCCCCUGCAGGUAGUAUAUGUAGCCUGCUGUUCUGCUGCGAACGUCGAUAAACACAAACGUCCAGUCGAACUUCUCGAAGCAACAACUUGAGCAUCUGCUGCCCCUGAGCGUCCAUCUCUGUAAUCCCACUCUCGCAUCUCUUAUUGCCUCCGUCGUCAUUCCUCCUGCUCUUACUGUACCCUCUAAUAGCCGCGUUCACACACUCGUCUUUGGCGAUAUCCCCCACUCAUGCCCGGUCGUACUGAGGCAUACGAGGUCUUGCUUGACUUCACCAACGAUACUCACGACGCGGCCACGGUGCAGUUGCUACGAGACUAUGGUAGAACGACAACCGCUGUUGUAUUGCUACAUCCGGGAGAGAGCAUAACCCUUGUACUUGAUGCAGGUGCAAUCUAUCGGUACGCGCUAAAGACGCGUACGAAAGUCGCCAAUGUUACGGCACGAUCGUGGAGAGAUGUAAAUUGUACAUUAUCACAGCUGUUCCCCGGAGGAUGGCCGCCGUCACGUAAUCCGCCAUGGAGACCAGUCAAUGGAAUUACAGUUGACCAUCUCUGGAAGGACAUGCGUUUCGUUAUGUGGGACGAGCCAUAGCUCGUUCUGCAACGCCUCUGGCAUUUAUGCUAAGCAUAUUUCCCUGCCUGCAUGAUGUCACGCAUCUUAUCGUUCCUCCUGAACACGUCCGUCGUGCUGCGCCGGUCUGGAACUCACCAGGCCGCUCACACGACUUUGAUGCGCCGCAGGAAGAGAACGAGAAAGUGGUGCAUUUUCCAGUGCUGGGAAUGACGGUCAGGAACCUCGGACAAUGGAAUUAUUACUUUAAAGCUGUAAUCGCAGAGCGCAUGUGUGUAAUGUCUCCCUAGUCAUUUGUUGUGUUAUAUUGGUUCUGUUGGGGCAGAAAAAUCUAAUCAUGCUACCGUUUUGCCUCGGCCUUUCUCACUAGAAUUCAAUGUUGUAUCAAAGGUUACACGGACAACGCUGAAGCAACGUGUUACCAGCAUGAG